CUUUAAAAGACGCGGGCCCAAGCCCCGCCCACUACGGAAAGUGACGAGGUCUUGCCGCGUAGUCCGUUUACUGGCUCCUCCUGCCACACCUGGUACCAAUCGCCAACCCCGGCACAGGUGAUAGUAAAGGUGAGCGGAGCGGUGAGGAGAUCUGCGGCGGGAGGACGUGGUCUUAGGGGACACUCCCUGCGGAGGAAGCGGCACUGCGCUCGGCCGCGUCCCUAGAAGGAUGGCUGCUCUUUUUCUAAAGAGUUUAACACUACAGACCAUAAAGACUAAAAGUAAUUGUGUAGGAAGAUGCUUUGGUAAGCACAUGGUGCAAAAGACAGCACCAGCACAGUUGUCCCUUAUUGCUUCUGCCCCAAGACUGUCCUACCUAAUUCAUGCAAAAGCUUUUAGUACUGCUGACGAUCCCCAGGAUGAAAGAAGGAAGAAAAAAGAGAAUGAAACAGAUUUUAGUAACAUCGGAAGAAAAAUUCAUGAGCGAAUUAUUCAUGUACUUGAUGAGAAGGGCAAUGAUUUGGGAAACAUGCACCGAGCAGAUGUCAUUAGACUCAUGGACGAGCGCAACUUGAGACUGGUCCAAAGGAACGCCAGCGCAGAGCCUCCGGAAUACCAGCUCAUGACCGGAGCCCAGAUCUACCAAGAACGCUUAAGGCUAGGAGAGAGGGGAAAGGCAAGUGUGAAAGCAGGACCAACUGUGAUAAAGGAGGUAACUUUUUCUUCAAAUAUUGGACAACAUGAUUUGGACACAAAGAGUAAACAGAUUCAGCAGUGGAUUAAGAAAAAAUACCAAGUUAAAAUUACUAUAAAGAAAGGGAAAAAGGUAGACGAGCCAGAAAAUAAAAUGGAGGAGCUAUUUAAUCAAAUCCUCCAGACUAUGUCUGGAAUAGCUACCUUCUCAUCCAGGCCACAGGCUAUUAAAGGAGGAAAAGCUUUAGUGUGUGUGCUUCAUCAUUUGAGCAACAAGGAAGAGAAUGCACAUAGAGAAACUCAAAAGACCAAGAAAAGAGACACUGUGAAUAAGGAAAACGGAGCUGAUGAUAAGGAAUCAAAUAUUCUACAUCAAUGAUUUUAAUAAAGAAGAAUCAGCCUCUGAGAGAAAAUAACUAAGCUCACUGGCCUGCAGUCCUUUAAACAAAGCAAUGUGGUGUUUAGUUGAGGGUAAGUAUUGCGACUGUAGAGAGCACGCUGUCUUCCUUACAGUUCAGUGACUCUCCGUUUUGAGGCAAAGAUAAGCUUUGCUCUUGUUUCCUUUUAGGAGGGAUAUAUCCGCUGAGACGAGAGGCCAAACUCCUUUUUUCACGAGAUGGUUUUACCUUUGGGCAUAAGGAAGAUAGACAAUUAGAAUUCAAAAUCAAAAUUAUCUGAAUUAAUUUUAUAAUACAUAGUUGUUUGCUCCAAAAGGUAUAGUAUACAACACUCCAUUAUAAGAAAUUCAAGUCUUCAAUGUAGUGCAGACUCACUCAGUAAAAUAGUUGAAAAUAUUCCAAUAAGACUGUACUUGGCUUUAAGCAAUUUUUGUUUUAAAUCUAACAGCUUGCCUAAGCAGUUUCAACUUACUUUGAGCUUCAUUUUCUUCUUGUCAGGAUCAUGCACAACAGCAUGCCUCGUGAGACUUUGCUACAAUGAAGGAAAAAGAAAAGUUUUAUUUUAAAAACAUCCACAUUUGGUGUCUAUUAAUAUGAACUCCACAAGUUAUUUAAAUAAACCAUCAGCCUUCUUUC